GCACGGUUUCGUAGUUUUCCCCAAAGUAAGCCCCAUUUCCAUACCCUUCCACCUCGCUAGCCUUUUUGUUUUCAAAAAAGACAAAAACAAUAAAACUUUCGAAACUUUUUAAAACUUUUAACCACGCUUCGUAGUUUUCCCCAAAGUAAGAUAAAACUUUUUAACCACGCUUGUUCCCGAAGCUUUCGAAACACCGACGCAUUCCCGGCAGUGAAGCCACGAGGCCUUCGUUGCUGCUUUCCCGGCAGGGAAGCCACAAGGCGUUCGUUGCAACGCUCUCUUCUCCCUCUCGCCAGCUACGCCCCAAAAGAGAAGAGUGACACCACACUCUCUAUAGAGCUCUCUUUCUUUUCUCUCGGACUCACGUUUUCUCCUUCUUACGGGAAAAAGGAAAAGAGCGGCUUGCCCACCUUGCGCUCCGCGGGAAAAUGGCCGGCGGUUUCCUGGCGGAGAAGACGGGCGUGCUCGGCCUCCCCGUCUACGUCCUUCUCGCGAUCGCCGCCUCCCUCCUCGUCGCCUGCGUCAUCCUCGCGCUCCGCUUCUUGCGCCGGCGGGCGGCGGCGCGGGUGAAGCACGCGUCCGGCCUCAUCCCCUCUUCCAACAAGGAGAUCGCCGCCGAUCGUGCGCCGGAGGGCGGCGCCGGGGAGGUGGAGGUGGAGGUGGAGGAGGAGAAGAAGGGGUUGGUGGGGGUCGAUAAGGGAAACGGAGGGAAGGGGUGGGGAGAGUCGUCGUCGUCGUUGGAGGCGGCGGAGAGGAUGGGGAACAUCGGGUGGGGGCGGUGGUAUUCGGUAGCGGAGCUGGAGGCGGCGACGGGGGGGUUCAGCGCCGGGAAUGUGAUCGGCGAGGGGGGUUACGGCGUCGUCUACAGAGGUGUCUUGCCUGACCUCUCCGUCGUCGCCGUAAAGAAUCUCCUUAAUAACAAGGGUCAAGCAGAGGAGGAGUUCAAGGUGGAGGUCGAAGCCAUCGGAAAAGUACGGCAUAAGAACCUUGUGGGUCUGGUUGGGUACUGUGCAGAAGGUGCUAAAAGGAUGCUUGUAUACGAAUACAUGGAUAAUGGCAAUCUGGAGCGCUGGUUGCAUGGAGAUGUUGGCCUUGUCAGUCCACUGACAUGGGAUAUCAGAAUGAAAAUAGCCAUUGGAACAGCGAAAGGAAUAGCAUAUUUGCAUGAAGGAUUAGAGCCCAAAGUUGUGCAUCGAGAUAUAAAGUCCAGUAACAUUCUUUUGGAUAAGCAUUGGAACCCUAAAGUAUCAGAUUUUGGAUUAGCUAAGCUCUUGGGCACUGAUUCUAGCUUUGUAACAACGCGUGUAAUGGGAACAUUUGGGUAUGUGGCUCCUGAAUAUGCAUGCACAGGCAUGCUUAAUGAGAGUAGUGAUGUGUACAGUUUUGGGGUUCUACUGAUGGAAAUAAUUUCAGGAAGAUGUCCAGUAGACUAUAGCAGACCACCUGGAGAGGUAAACUUGGUAACUUGGUUUAAAGGGAUGGUAGGAAGUAGACAUGGAGAGGAGGUAGUAGAUCCAUCAAUGGAAAUUCAGCCUUCACCAAGAGCGUGGAAGAGGGUGUUGCUGGUUUGCCUUCGAUGUGCAGAUUUAGAUGCUGAAAAGCGGCUGAAGAUGGGGCAAAUUGUACACAUGCUUGAAGGAUAAGAGUUUCCUUUUCGUACAGGCCAAACAUCAUGUUCUACUUCACCGGCCACUGCAGUGUCAAAUCCUGCUUCUGAUCAGCGAUCAUCAGUCAAUAAUGUAGCAUGUUUCAGAUGAUAAUUUGCUUGGCUGCAAGACAGCUAUAAAGCUCUAAUCCGCAGCAGCCAACAUUCUUUGAGAUGAUGGAGAUUAAGGCUAGGCAUGGCUCAGGCCAAAUUCCAUCAUCAUAAAUCUCUUUCUUGUCAGCUUUCUCAAAUUCAUGACAGAUUGUAGCAAAUUUACUUCGAGCUAUUGCUUAUACCAUUUGUCAUUGUCUCUCAUUCAUAUAUCCUUCUAAGCUGUUUGUAUGAACUGCUCUUUUCACCUGCGUAUAAGCAGAUUGCACCCAGAUUCAUCUCUUUUUAUGCCAUGUACAUGGGAGUGGUGGCAUUCACAAUGUCUUCUCUUUGUGCCAACAACAGCGCAGCACUCU